CUGUGGAAUCGUUUUGAAUUGCACCAGCGCAACGAAUUUACGCGGGAAAGCAAUAGAACAUCGCGCGCGAGUUCGCGGGCGGUUGGCUUACUGAGUGUUUGGUGCACAGCGUGUGUUAUAUUGUGAAAAACGAGGAAAUUUUACAGUCCAGAUGGCAACUGCCAAAAGUUCAGAGAAUGAUUACAAUGUCCGAAAAGGUGAGAAAACAUCAGACAGUAACACAAGCAGUCGACGUGCUCAAAAAUCUAAAGUACUUGAACACUCAGAUGGGUCUCAGAAAAAACAAACUCGUGCCAAAACACGUACUGCUCUGUCCGAUGACAUUCCUCCAAGCUCGGUUAAUAAAGCACGUGAAAAAGGAAGAGCAGUUGUUGAACUUCCCAAGGAUGGAGAUGGUUCAGUACUGUCAAAGAAAGAAGUAGAGAAUAGUACUCCACCAAAGAAAGAUGCAGAAACUGUUGGACCUCCAAAGAAAGAUUUAUCUGUCACAGUUUCACCAAAGAAAGAUCUUGGUUCUGGACCCGUGAAAAAGGAUAUGAUGGUUUCUGGUAUUUUGAAAAAGGAUGCAGUUGGAUCAUUUUCAGUGAAGAAGGAUGUCAGUGGUUCUGGACAACCCAAGAACGGAGAAAGUAUUGGCCUACCUAAGAAGGAUGUUCAGUCUUUGGCAGCUUCCAAAAAAGAUGUAGAGGCUUCACUGGGAAAGAGUCGGAAAUUUAAAGUAAAACUUUCAAGUAACGUUUCAGAAAAGAAACGUGAUGAUAGGUUAAAUCCGUUGAAAAUUGAAGAAACAAAAUCGGAAGUAACAACAUCAGAAAAAACAAAAAAUAAAGAGGAUAAACUAAAAGCUGACCGACGGGAAAACAGCACAACUGGUAAACUAGAUGAAAAAAACCAUGAAAUUAUGAACUCGGAUGUUACUUCAUCUGUUGAUGAAAAACCUUCUUCAAGGCCUGCACGUAAUUACUCACCUGCUGUAGCUAUAGCAAGCCUUACCAAAGAGGGUGGAUGGAGUCCUGGUGAUUUAGCUUGGGGUCGUGUUGGUCAACAUCCAUUUUGGCCUUGUAUUAUUGCCAUUGACCAUGUGUCUGGCAUUUAUACGAAGAGUAAAAGAGUAGGACGUGGCCUGAAUUCAGUUCAACAAAGUUUACAUGUGCAGUUUUUCGGGGACAAUGGACGACAUAGUUGGAUUCCCACUAGUUGUGUCAUUAAAUAUGAGGGCCCUGAUCAGUUCCAUAAGUUUGCAGAGAAAGUGCUAAAUGAGAUGAAGAAGAAAGAUAAAAAAUAUUCAUCUGCUUUUCAUGUCAAACCGGCAUCCAAACCUAAAUGGGAAAUUGCAAUACGUGAAGCUGAGGAAAGUGUUCCUAAAGCCAGCACAGGUGUGUACCACAUCAGCUGCGUCAAAUGUCUUUUGGCUCAGGCUGGAGAUCUACCUGUGAGGGAGGACAGAAUUCAGUUUUUUCAAGACCUUCUACCUAAACGUAAAACUGCUGAAAAGUCUGAACCUGCUCCCAAAAAUGUUACAAAUGGAACUAAAUCUAACGUCCAACUUGUGAAGAAGAGGAACAAACGCCCAAAUCCAAUCACUGAUGAAAAACCAGCCAAGCAGAUGAAGAUUGAGAGACAGGUUGCCAUAAAAGAUGAGGAUGCAAGAAAGAAAAUGGAGAAUACCAUCAUUAAUGCACCCACCAGGAAGAAACGUGGUCGAAACAAGAAUUAAAGAAAUUGAUUUGUGAGAAAUUGAGAAGAUGCUGAAGAUCACCAGGCAGGUGUGAUUUUUAAAAAGAGUAAUUGUUGCAAAUUGGAUGUUUCAUUGAGGUUUUGUUGACCGUGCAAAGGAGUAUUCUACUUGGUAGUAUUUGCAUUGGUGAAAUAUGGUGAAUGUUUGUAAAUGUGUCCUGAGGAAAAAUGUUUGCAUGCAAAGAAAUUAUUUAAUAUGUAGGUCUAUUUCAAUGGGAUUUGAAAUUUGUAAUUGUGUGAGGAAAGACAUUGAUGUAUUUCUUCUUCCAUGCACUUUCCUUGCAUAGAUAUUAAUUUGUAUAUUUGUUUGAUUUUAAUGUUAUGAAUUGCAAAUCCCAUCCUGUUAGUUUUUGUGCAUUUUUAAUUUCCUUGCAUACAAACUUUUUAAAAAAAGAGGGAAAAAUAAAAUCUAUGUAAGGAAAGAUUAUAGAUUUUAUUUGUAUUUUUAUUGAAAUAAACAAUUAUGGAUACUUCUUAUGAUGUAUUCUCAAAGCUGAUAUUGUGAUGAAUGUUUUUGGAAUGUAUGUUUUGCUAGAUGAAAAUGUAUGCAAGAAAUUCAGAGGUUCAGAAGAGUUGUGUGCUCAUGUGUAUGUCAAACUUGCAUGGAAGAUUUAAUGUCAUGAUUAUUUUAAAGGAUUUGCAUUCCAUUGGAUUUUAUAUUUAAUCCUUGAAUAUUACAAAGACCUUGUUACAAGGCCUGAUCUGUGAAUUUGUUCUGUUUGUCAUGGGUAGCUAUUUUCUUGCUACUCAUCCGAUUUUAUAAACUACUAGUGAUGUAUUGUGAAAUUUGUGUACGAAAAAGUGUUUUUGUGUGAAAAUUGUCUUUCUUUUCUAUAAUCUCCUUGUACCUGCGCUUGGUGCUGCAUUGUCCCAUGAAAUUAAAGCAGAUUUGUGCUUUUACUUGCAGAAAUAUCCCAUAAAAUGGGUGAAUUUCGCAGGUCAUUAAUGUAUUAGAGUCCUGUAAUAAGAGGAGUAUUCCUUUUGUGUAUAACUUAAUAAACUUGAUUUGUGUUCCCAGAAGACCAGUUAGAAAUGCAUUUGCCGUUGUAUGUUCAGAUGUUUGAAUAGGACUUGAAAAAAAUAUGGAAUACUUUGUGGUGAUAAUGACGGUGUUCUUCCAAUUUGUUUGUUUUAUUUAAAAAAAUUGUAAUAUGUUUAGUUUAUGUAUUACAUUGAAUAUGCUCAAAGUGGAACAUGUUUUAUUAUUUAAUUUGCCUAUUUCUCUGUAUUGUGAUGAAUUGAUUUCCUUAUUUUGUUAGUAUUAAUGUAUGCCAGAAAGAUAAGAUUUAUUUUAUCCAAAGAAGAUAAAUUAUCUCAACCUUAUUGGUGGCUUAUUGGAACUUGGUAACCUUUCUCAAAAAUGGUUUACAAUUAAAUCGGAUAGGAUCAGAU